UUUAUAAUUUAUUCUUACAAUUAUAGUGUGAUCACGUAUAUACCUCAUAUACCUGUGCGAUAUGAUUUGGUUUUUGUACCUUCAAAAUUAGAGUUCUUUCUAGAACUAGGGAAUUUGGGUAAGCUUAUAAGCUGGUCAAUGUUUGACUCAAAAGAUAUUACAACCUUUUUGAAUAAAUCAAUCAAAGAAAAUGAUGGGAUAAAUCUUAGGCAAGCAUAAUAAUCAGUAGAACAAAAAAAAGGUAUAAGAUGAACAUAACGAAUAAUGUUUCCCGAUCUUGUGAGGAUCGUUAAUUGAGCGUUAGAUAUACUACUAGUGUUUCGUAGAAGAGUAUUACAAUCAAUGUUCUGUCUUAGAGAGACAUAAAAAAAAAGGAGCCCCUUUUACAAGGUUGUUCCCCCACUAUAUAAGGGACAGACCCCUUCUAGAUCUUAAAAAGCGUAUUACGGGGAAUAUUCGAAGGAAUAUUCCUAACGCCCUCUAUCGAACCUAUGUUGAGCUACGAGUAUCUCGCCAUUGGUCGUGUUCGUCAGUGGUCGUGGUCGUCCAAAUUUGGAUCCAUACAGUUAGUCCCUCCGUUUGUCGAGGUAGCAACUCGACGUGUCCUUGAUGAGCGGACACAUUUCACCCUUCGUGGAGAAAUUUGGUUUCAUGGAGCGUUACGACCCGGCCAAUAGUGGGGGGUCAACGUGCUUAACAAGACAUUGGUGUUGUGUCUUAUCAGGAAAUGACGUCAUCUGCCUUUUCGUCAUCGUUAUGCAUGUUUUCGAGACAGGGGCUGACGGCUUGUCGCUUCGGUUUUGGUACCAACCUGUAGUCUUUCGCCUCGAUUCCGGUGCUACUCUGCAGCUUUUCGCUUUGAUUCCGCUGCUACCCAAUCCUAUAAAUAGGUGGAGGGUUUGUUUUUUCAAAAACUCUUGGCCAUUUCACGUCACCCUUCCUCAUCUUCCCUGCAUUCGUUCUCACGGUUUUCUGCUUCUUCAUCUUUCAUUUUCCACCCACAGCUUUCUUUGCGAUUCUAACAUCUUUCCCGUUGAAGCAAUGCCUAGAACACAUUGAUCCCAUGAAGGGGUUUCUGAGGCGGACCCGCUGUCCGUGGCAUUCCCCUCCGCCGGCGAGGACACGAUGGCGGAAGAGGGGGGAAGCUUUCCUACCGUGGAGGAAUUACUGCCGAGACACCCUACCUCUCGGAGUGACUUCCUCAAAGAUCCCGCCCCCAUUCCUACCCCAGUGUUCUCCGAUACGGACCAAGCUCAUAUAGAUGCCCUCCAUACAAAGCAUAGUAUCCCCGCCCAUAUCGAUAUGGUUCCGGCGGGGACGGUCUUCGUGGAAGUCCAUAGACCUGGGUACUGUGCUUUUUAUGAGUACCCUUUCGUGAUCGGUUACUCUUUCCCUAUCCCUCAGUUGGCGGAAGAGUUCUGCAGAUUCUAUCAAGUCUGCCCGGCGCAAUUCUCACCAUACACGCUUAAGAUACUUCUAUUGUUGAUAAAGUAUGCGGAGUUGGCGGGAUGUGAGGUGACUAUCCAUCAUCUCUUGCACCUGUUCUCACCCAGCUUUAACAGGGGCACGAUGGUGCAUUUGAGACAUCGUGGAACAAAGGGGCUGGUAGUGGGAACCGACGACCAGACGAUUCGUAAGUUCUGGCACAAGUAUUUCUUCGUCAGAACUGCCCACAUCGUGUCUGACCCUGCUAGGUUUCCGGAGCGGUGGAAUUAUAAAACUAUGGGACGCCCUCCUCGCUCUAUUGCGGGCAUAAGGGAUUGGGUAGCUCGUCUGCUCUCCUAUGCAGUGGAGACUCGAGACUGGCCUGCUUUCAUAAAGCGCUUCGGGCCGAGAGUCUCAGUAAGUGCUUCCCCUUAUAUCACUCAUUGAUUGUGUGUUUCACUAUCUUGUGAGGAUCGGUAAUUGAGCGUUAGAUGUACUAAUAGUGUUUCGUAGAAGAGUAUUACAAUCAAUGUUCUGUCUUAGAGAGAUAAAAUAAAAAAAGAAU